AAAGAAGAGAUGAAAGUAUGGAACUACUUCACAUAGCUCCUUUUAGUGAAUAGUAUCACUGAGCUAUUUUGUCCCGGAACGACACCUCUCCAAAACACUAUAAAUAUAAUGCAAAUUACAAUUAAAGUUUUAAAAGGACAGGAUUGUAACUUGGAAGUUACGCCAAGUACCACAAUUUACCAGGUAAAGCAAGAAAUAGAGGAGAGGCUUGGCAUUCCUCUGGGUUCACAAAAGAUAUUAAUACUUGGACGCACAUUAAAUGAUGACCAGACAAUUGCAUCGUAUCCCAAUAUAAAAGAAGGAACAAAGCUCAACUUGAUAGUGGUUAAACAAGACAUCAAAGACAUUAUUCACCGUUCUUUUCGCAAGUACUACAAUGAAACGCAAUCGGCUGCCCUCACCAAGGAAUUUAUGUUAGACUUUGAAAAGAAACUCAAAGGCUUCAGUUUGGAUGACAUAGAGCGUCUGGCUUCGGAACAUACUGUUUGAUUUUGUUUACUUGCGCUUUUCUUUUCAAACUAAAUUAAUUACAUGCUGUUUUUUCUUAUUCUUUAAUUAAUAAAAAAUAAAAACAAAUGCUAAGAUA